CUGGCGCGCGGCGUCUCGGGCGUCUUCGUGUGGACCGCCCUGCUGCUCACCUGCCACCAGAUCUACCUGCACCUGCGCUUCUACACCGUCCCCAACGAGCAGCGCUACAUCAUCCGCCUGCUCCUCAUCGUGCCCGUCUACGCCUUCAGCUCCUGGCUCAGCCUCCUCCUCCUGGGGGCCCGCCAGCACUACAUCUACCUGGAUUCGAUGCGAGACUGCUAUGAAGCCUUUGUCAUUUACAGCUUCCUGAGCCUCUGCUUCCAGUACCUGGGGGGCGAGAGCACGAUCAUGGCCGAGAUCCGGGGAAAGCCCGUCCAGUCCAGCUGCCUCUACGGCACCUGCUGCCUCCGGGGCGUGGCCUACUCCGUGGGGUUCCUGCGCUUCUGCAAGCAGGCCACGCUGCAGUUCUGCGUUGUGAAGCCUGUCAUGGCCUUAGUCACCAUCGUGCUGCAGGCGGUCGGCAAAUACCACGAUGGGGACUUCAGCGUCCACAGCGGCUACUUCUACGUCACUCUCAUCUACAACGUGUCCGUCAGCCUGGCUCUCUACGCCCUGUUCCUUUUCUACUUCGCCACCAGGGAGCUCCUGCAGCCCUUCGAGCCGGUCCUCAAGUUCCUCACCAUCAAGGCCGUCAUCUUCCUCUCUUUCUGGCAGGGGAUGCUGCUGGCCAUUCUGGAGAGGUGCGGGGUCAUCCCUGAGGUCCAGACCACAGAUGGGAGCAGGGUGGGGGCCGGCACGCUGGCCGCCGGCUACCAGAACUUCAUUAUCUGCAUCGAGAUGCUGUUUGCCUCCAUCGCCCUGCGCUAUGCCUUCACCUGCCAGGUGUAUGCGGAGAAGGACAACUCGCCAGGCCCAGGGGCACCUUUGCAGAGCAUCUCCAGUGGCCUCAAGGAGACUGUGAGCCCGCGGGACAUCGUGCAGGACGCCAUCCACAACUUCUCGCCCACGUACCAGCACUACGCGCAGCAGGCCACGCAGGAGGCAUCGGGGCCCGGCCUGGGCAGGCUCCCCUCACCCGGCACCCACCCCAGCGUGGCCGGACGGUCUGGCGGAGGCAGGAAGAGCCGCAGCGUGGAGAAGAGGGUGCUGAUCCCCUCGGAGGAGCUAUAGGGACUGGGUGGUCCCGGCCUCCGCGGAAGGACAGGGCCCCUCGCCCACCGCCCACUUGCCAAAGGUCAAGCCUCUCCAGGGAGACCUGCCAGGCCGUGGAGCCCACUCCCCCACCCUGCCCGCCCCGGGAGAGGGUACUGCAGCUUGUUAGCUCACACAUGGCCACCCACACGGCAGGGACAGCGUGGCCUUCCUGACAGACAGAUCCCAGGCUGGGCCGCGGUGGGAAAGGGUGGCCG